AUGUUGAAUGAUCCCAGUAGCAAUGAUGCUGAUAGGCAGACCAUUCAUUACCCAUGCAGGCACGGGCAGAAUGUGCAAAUCCCGCCCAGUCACCCAAGGCUGUGCCGUGACACCUGUGAAUUUUUCUUGCAGAAUGUGUUUAACAUGGUUGUGGAAGUUCCUCGCUGGACCAACGCAAAGAUGGAGAUUGCAACAAAAGAGCCAUUGAACCCAAUCAAGCAGGAUGUUAAGAAAGGGAAAAUGCGAUUUGUGGUGAAUGUUUUUCCUCAUAAGGGAUAUAUUUGGAACUAUGGGGCCCUUCCACAGACUUGGGAAGACCCAAGACACUCAGAUGAGUCAACAAAAUGCCAUGGUGACAAUGAUCCUAUUGAUGUUUGUGAAAUUGGAACCAAGGUAUGUUGCAGAGGAGAGGUUAUCAAGGUCAAAGUUCUUGGAAUUCUGGCAAUGAUAGAUGAAGGUGAAACUGACUGGAAAGUUAUUGCAAUAAAUGUUGAGGAUCCUGAGGCAAAUAGUUUUCAAAAUAUUGAAGAUGUAAGACGGCUGAAACCAGGUUAUCUGGAGGCCACAAUAGAUUGGUUCAGACGAUAUAAGGUGCCUGAUGGAAAACCUGAAAACCAGUUUGCGUUCAAUGGUGAAUUCAAAGACAAGGAUUUUGCCAUCCAGGUGAUCAAAAGCACACAUGAAUUUUGGAAGGCUCUGGUAAUGAACAAGGAAUCAGUAGGAGGAAUUCACUGCACAAACACGACGGUGCCUGAUAGUCCUUUCCGAUGUUCUGAAACUGAAGCUAAAGCUUUUGUGGAUGCGGUACCAGCAUAUGGAGCAGGUGAUUCAGUCCCAGUGGAUGUGGACAAGUGGUGGUAUAGCAAGAAAAAUUGAAUCAUUGAGAAGAGUUUAAUGAUGUCUGUGCGACUUGUUAUAGAAUUUGUAAUUGGUAUGAAGAGAUAAAUUUGAGUGUAUCAUAAAUAUCCAUGAUCAGUGUACCUUCUACUCCAAAUAAGGAAGUGUGUUAAUUCAAUAAAACCUCUCUUAAUCUA